CCCCCGUCCUCUCUCUCUCUCUCUCGUCCUCCCUCUCCCAUACCCCCUUCUUUCCCAAUUUGUUAUCCUUAUUCCUCGCUUACGUUUGAUUCCGAUUGAUUCUUGAGGCCCGGGAGAACAGAGUACUCAAAUUAUUGAUCUCUGGUUUUGGGAAUGCUAUAAAAAAGAAAAGGUGAUAAAUAAUUGAGGUGAUUGGAAGAUGGGAAGGGUGAAGCUGAAGAUUAAGAGAUUGGAAAAUACGAGCGGGCGGCAGGUGACGUACUCGAAACGGAGAGCCGGGAUACUGAAGAAGGCUAAGGAGCUGUCGAUAUUGUGUGACAUAGACAUUAUACUUCUCAUGUUCUCGCCCACUGGAAAACCCACAAUUUGUCUCGGAGAACGCAGCAAUAUAGAGGAUGUGGUUGCAAAAUUUGCUCAACUAACUCCACAGGAGAGGGCAAAGAGGAAGCUGGAGAGCCUUGAAGCACUAAAGAAGACAUUCAAGAAGUUGGAUCAUGAUGUCAAUAUACAAGAUUUUUUGGGUUCAAGUGCUCAAACAGUUGAGAUUUUGACUUUACUUUUAGCACAGGAGUUUAUGAAUCACUCCAGGCUAUUGCAAGCUCAAAUAUCAGAAGUUCAAAAAAGAUUGAGUUACUGGUCUGAACCUGAAAAAAUCAAUAGCAUUGAUCAUAUUAGGGCGAUGGAAGAAUCUCUAAAGCACUCUCUUAACCAAGUUCAAUUGCAUAAGGAGAACCUUGGAAAGCAACUUAUGUCACUAGAAUGUGCUAGCCAGUUCCAGAAUGGCAUCCAUUUACCCUUGGAAAUAGGUGGUGAACAGCAAUCCUCAAAUAUAUCAUGGCUUCAUGAUAAUGAAGGUCAACCCAUGAUGCUUCCAGAAGAAUCUAAUUUGCCACCACAGAGAGAGUGUUCCACUGAAGUUUCUCUUCAAGGCUUUCCUGGCUACUUUAGCACAGGGAAGGAAACAGAGGCUGAUGGACAAAUCAAUGAUGAUACCUUGGAUCAGUUAGGCCAGAAUGCAUGCUUGGGGCUUCAGCUGGCAGGCCACUACCCAUAUCGCUCAUAUGGUCUGAAUUUGCUUCACGAAAAGGAGUUCAAACCUCAAGCAGAAGUCAACCUACAAGAAGCUACUGUAGAGUACCAAAUGAAUAGCUUUGAACCGCCCAGGCCCAGAUAUGAUGCCAGCAUUCAGACAUGGGCUUCUACAUCUGGUUCUUGUGGUGUAACCGUAUUUUCUAACCACUCUUACCGCCAACAACCAACAGGACUUCACGAUUCAUAGCAUUUAUGCAGUGCUAACUUGGCAUAAGCAGGCUUGCUGGCCUUAACCUCCGCAGACUGGGAUGACUCUCUAGUUGCUUCAAGCUUUUUUCCCCUUUUCCCAUUCUUUUCUAUACAAUCCUCAGAAGAUACAUAUGCUAAAUGAGAACUAUGUUCUUAUAGUUAUACUUGUACAGGAAUGUGGCUCGGAUCAAAAAUAUUUUACGUGAUGCUUCUUGGAUCAUCUUAUAGCAAUCCUACCUCUCAUAUAGCAAAAUCCUUGUAAAUUAUAUUAUGACCGGCGAUUUGGUCCACUUUCAUGGCCGGAAAGCUUUUGUUCUUGUAAAUUAUACACAAGCAGCAGAGCUUCAAGACUAUAAUACUUGUAAAAAGAGAUACCCCAGAUUGACAGGAGCUGUAAAAUAAAUUCAGAUAUUAUUGAAAUUUAUAUAUCAAAUUCUCUUUCA